AUGUUGCGCUGCUCGUCUCUGUGGCGUGGGCUGAACUUUGCCGGUGUGCAGAUGUCACGCAAGUACGUCUCCAUGGGCGGUUGGUGCGGCCCCGCGCUGCUGUUGGGCAAAGUCGGCCUGCGCACCGAGGCGUACCCCUUCGACUUCAGCCGCUGCACCCUUGACGGCAUCCUGCACUUCAUUCGCAGCGGCUUCUCAGACGGAUUCUAUCCACCCGGCCCGCCGCCGUACCGACCGGAGUGCGUCGGCAUCUGGGUGCUGUACCGCGGCCAGCAUACCGCCUUCGCGCACUUCGACCUCAACGACCCGGCGGUAAAGGCACAGUUCGCGCGCAAGAUGUCGCGCUGGGACCGCCUCAUUGACGCUCCAGAGGUGCCGGUGACGUUCUUCCGCACCAUUACCGCACGUGACCCGAGGGAUGAGAUCCGCCUCGCACCGGCGGUGGAGGAUGCGAUCGCGGCACGCAAUCCGGCGCUCGACUUCCGCAUUGUGAUGAUCGCCCACGACCAGGGCCUCGUCGCUCGCAGCGUGGAGCUUGCACCACUUUCCCCUCGCACCUCCCUCUGGGCGCUGACGUACACGCGUGACGCCAGUUUCACUCUCUUUGACCGCGCACAGCAGGCGUACACCGACAUAGUCAUGCACAGCAUCGACGAAGAUAACUGGCCGCUCGACGUGACGAAGGUGCCAACGCCAGUGGGGCUCUGUGAAAUGGAGGCGGACUAUGAGCGUUGCGUUUUGUACAAAAGCGACGGGAGCACUAUUCCGUUUGCAUCGCUGACGGUGGACACAUUCCCGUGGCGCUGUCAUGACAACAUCGCUCUCAUUGAUGGCGUGGCGAGUGUGGGCGGCACUUGUGUCGGCAUCGGUAGCACGCAGUGCGUUGAAGGGCGCUGCGCGUUCUGCAGCAGCACAGAUUACCACAAAGCUGGUCGCCCAUUUCGCACGGGGCGCCCGUUCACGGACGACGAGGACCAGCUGAUAUUGGUGCACCUCUAUCGCAUCCUCACUGGCGGUGACAAGGUGGAGGCGGUAGAGGACCUCGCGCACCAAAUGAAUCGCGGCGCCUUUGAGGUUAUUUGCCGCAUCCAACACCUGACGAAUUCUAGCGUCAAGAUUAUGGACUACAUGGGGGAGGAAGAGGAGAGGCGGAGAUGA